AUGGAGCUUCAACAUUUCAGCCAUAAGGACCAUCCACUGAUUCUCAAAGAAGUGCAAGAGGCUGAAAGUGAGAGGAUUAUAUGCUAUGGGUGUGAGGAACCAAUCGUAGAGGACUCUAUGUAUAGUUGUAGCCAAUGUGAUUACUUCCUCCACAAAAGAUGUGCGGAACUCCCCCAGGAAAUUAAUGACCCUGUGCACCCCCAACACCUUCUCACUCUCUAUGGAUGUUCACCUUAUCCGUCUUCUUCGUCAUACAUAUGUAAUGCAUGUCGACAAGAUUUGGAUCUGUUCAACUACUUUUGUAGUUCUUGCAAAUUUAACCUUUGCAUCUCAUGCUUCUUAGAGGAACGCACGAUUAUGCACACAAGUCACGAGCACCCAAUGGUUGCCAUAUCUAGACCAGCAUCGUUCUUUUGUAAUGGUUGUGGCAGUGAAGAUAUGGACACAUCCUAUGCUUGUCACACUUGCCAUUUUUGGAUUCAUAAAACUUGUGCUUCAUUACCUCGCACCAUCAACCUUGGUGAUCACAAGCACCCUCUUGUCCUUGUCAAGGAACACCUCGAGUUAACCAAUUUCAGACACUACUGCAAUUUAUGUCGUAAGCUCAUUGUUGAAGAUACUUGGGCUUAUUACUGUGGCCUAUGUAAAUACUUUGUCCAUCUAAAAUGCGCAACUUCAUAUUUAGAUUCAGAGAGUGUUAGAGGGAGUGAAGAUGAGAAUGAAGUCGAUGAACUACUCGACUCCAAUGUGAUCCAUUUACCGCUGAUGAAGCUUAUGCACAUAAAGCCCACAAGCACCCCUCGUUUCAAAGUGAAAGCUCGGGGUAUAAUUGCAAUGCAUGUGGCAUUACUUUCUCUGGGAUUAGAUUCGGAUGUCGUAAAUGCAAGUUCUAUAUAUGCACCCGUUGUGUUGUACUCCCACAUAUUAUCAAUCACAGAUGGGACAAACAUCCUCUCAUCUUGA